UUGAACAUCGUCCACGAAAGAAGAGCAGGGGCUCUGGUCGAUCGAGUGUGGUCCCACGAGGCAACGGUGCGUGCGGUGCGUUAUACGCCGAUUCGGGUGUAUUUUCAAGGCACGCGCUUAUCGCAAAUAACACGCAACAAAUACCGAGCUGGUGCUGGUGGUCCGAUAGCGGCCGAGAGGCGGUGAUUGCAUGUGACCUAAAAAACAAAGGGUAUCAAAUCGGUUGGUGGAUGAACCUCGUAGCGAUUAGGCAAAUCGAUCGAUCGUCGCUUUAAACGAGGCCAAUACUCGACCAACACCACUUUCGCUCAUGAUGGCAUCACGAUCGCCGGCGACUGGAAUUUAGUGCCACCAUUUAAUUGGCGUUUUUUGUCCCCCCCUGUUUCCUUUCGUUCAUCGUCGAGAGUUUGGUCUGGUGUUUUUUGGGGUGCGAAAAGCAUAGCGAGUGUUCUAAAAAUAAAGAAAUACAAAAAAAAAAAAUAUCCCAAGUGGAUGUCGCGGAACCGUGUGGCGACAUAUGUCCACUUUUAUGCUGCUGCCGUCACUUCCAACACCAACGGCAACGACAACAACAACAACGCCGGCGACCGGUGGCCGUGACCUUGUUUUCGGGCGGCAACACUUCCCAUUUCCCCGAUUGCUUCCGCCCGCCGGACAGUGUGCGCUUGUGUGUGUGUAUAUGUGUGCCUUGGAAAAUUUAUUAUACGUCUUCUCCCGCCGGGGAGUUUUGUUGCCGUUGUUUGUAGCCAAAAUUUUGGCGAAGUCAAUUCCGUGUUGACCUUUGCUGAGAUGUUCGUUGAAUUUCGUUGCCGUCUGCUGUUGAGAUUGCCCAUCGAAUUUCGACUGUUCCAGCGCUAGAUUUGCGCUGCGGAGAAAGAAAACGGAACACACAGCGCGACUGCUCAUUCCUGUACCAUCCCAUUCACCAUUCCAACCAUCCAUCCAGAGGUAGAUUUCUGCACCGAAUCGUUCGUGGUGCUCGGUUCGCGUCGACAAGGCAGAAGAAAUUUCGUGUUCGUCGAGAAGAAAACGGGAUCCGCCGAGACCGAGGCCAAGUACUCUCGACGGGCGAACGACAGUGCGCGUCAUUGUUUUACCGGUUUGCCAGAAGGCGAAAGACGUAAACGGCCAACGGCUGCAGUUUGGCCGCAUCAUCGUUGUGCAGCACCGUCGGUUCCAGCGAAUGGCCAGAUUGAGCGGCUAGCAGGUUUGCUCGCUUUCCAAAGCACUCCUCAAGUUGGGCGCCAACUGUAUUUUGCUUGCCUGCCCGAAAGGUUAAGCCUUCCCGUUUCAUACUGGUGCACCAUUUCACCGCCAUCCACCAUUCCACGUGUCCCGCCGUCCCACGACGAUGAUGUGUCGCUCCGAUCCGAUGGGGAGGUUCAGCAGUACGAUGGUUGUGUCCGCAGUAGCGUUACUUCUAAUAUUUAUUGCAGAUCAUCAAGGCGUUGCGGCGAUAAAAUGUUACCAGUGCACCGUGGCGCCUCCAAGUCGACAUCAGAACAACACCAAAACACAACUGUGUUCGAAGUUUGACGAGUCGGACCUUUACCAAGUGGACUGCCCCUGGUCAACGAUGUGCAUGAAGCGCAUUUUCAAGCUGCAACUUCUCAAAGGAGAGCAGGAAACCGUGAGCCGAGGCUGUGCCCAACAGAAAAACACGGAACAGGUCUAUAAAUCUGGUGCCUGGACUCCGGAGCACAAUAUUGAAGAACCGUACGAGGAAGGCUGUCAGACGCUGGAUGACUCAACAUACUGCUUCUGCCGGGGGGCCCUAUGCAAUUCGGCCACGAAAGCUGCAGAGCGAGGCAGCUACCACACGGACGCGAUGGCCGUUAUAUUUGUAUUCAACGUCAUGAAGUACAUUCGAAACAUAGAGCAUUAGAGGAUAAUGUCAGCGCCCGCUUCGAAGUGGAAACCGCCCACCCCCAAGUGAGGCCGGGGUAGAGCAAACUGGUCAACAGGUUUCAACAUCUGAUCGCAAUGUGAUAUCGAAGUGCUGCCCUCAAACGGUACGGCACACUUCAGAAAACGCUUCCUCCAUUCUAAAUGCACGCGUCACGAACAAAGUGGAUUGUUGUAUUGUUAAUUGCUUAUUUUUAAGCUAACCAACA